AUGAUUCAAAUUGAUUUUGCUCUUUUUUCGCUUGCGAGCGCGACUCACUUCAGAGCGUAUUCUUUACAGUACCGGCAUGUGCGGGAUAAUAUCCUCAGCGUUGAAAGGUCAAUUGGAUGGCGACGAGCGCCUGGUGAUGCUUAUGGCUCGACAUGGGACUGGGACUCAGAUGGAUACAACGGCUGCGAGCAAUCCGAUAUUGACGACAAUAUCGAGUCGUCGUACGCCAGAAUCAAUGAAGUCAUCAGCGGAAUCGGGACUUUUCCAUCGCAUUACACGGUCACGAAUAUAGAGAACCACCCAUCGGUUCAUUUCACAUCACAUUGGUGCUUCGGAACGAAAACGUUUGAAAUUGAUACGACUGGCGUGACAUCAUUCACGCAUACAGGGAGUGGAUGCUGCACGAUCCCAUUCUCAACUGAUACGGGAAGUGUUGCUCAAGGAAAUUUUGGAUUCAAGGCAACUGUAAAUGAUGUCGCAAAUAGCGCACCACGUUUCGCUGCACGACCUAUUUGGGUAAUCAUGAAAGGCUGCGUGGACCAGAAGUAUCACAUAGGAGUCACUGACGAAGACGAUGUGCGCUGCCGAUGGGGAGACAGUUCUGAGGCAUACAAUUUCCAGUACGAUCCAGCUAAUAUGCAAAGCUUCUCGCUUGACGAAGAGAAUUGUGUCGUCACAUAUCACCCUGAAUUCGACGAGCAGGGGCCUAGUAAUAAGCCGAUUGCCCUUCAAGUUGAAGAUUUUGAUUCCGAUGGAAAUCUCCUUCACUCAGUUCCGCUUAUUUUCAUCGUUGUCACUUUUGAACCCGACAUGGACUCGAUUAGAGGUGACAUGAUCCCAGAGGGAGAUAAAUUGUAUGCCGGAAUCUUCCCUGAUCACGACGAAGAGCAUGACCAUAGUCGACGUCGAAGACAAACUGUUACACAGCCAGAUUAUUGUACAAAUUCACCCUCAAUCUCUGUCAGAGAUGAUCUUACAGAUGAACAACAAAAAUACUUUACUUGGAUAAACUUGUCGCAAGGUCCGGAUUGCUACCCUUGGCUCUGCGCUGGGAGAAAACGCCGUAAUACUGAUGAUGACGAAAAUCCGAAUCUAAUCACGAUUACAUGGACUGCAUCAUAUAAACUGGGAAAUCAAACAUUUUAUGAUUUCCCUCGAUAUCAAUUUAGUAUGCCAGAUGGCAUGGAAUGUUCUGCUUUUGAUGAUAAAGGCGAGGCUACUUGCACGUGGACACCAACAGCUGCUCAGGCGAUUCAACGCGAUCAUGCUCACUGUGCUGAAGUCUACGAUCCUUACGGCCGCGUGUCUGACCGACAAUGUAUGACAAUCAUCUUGGAAGUUGAAGCUUGCCCCGUCGGAUACCAACAUGCUCUUUCCAGUGCUGAAACUGCUGUCGUGUGCGCUGACAUCAAUGAAUGUCUUUCAGACGAUGCAUGCGGAGCGAAUUCUUCUUGCGAGAACAACGAAGGAGGCUAUGAAUGCAUCUGUGACGAUGGAUACACCAAGGACGACGACAAUGAAUGCAUUUGGCCACCAAUGGCCUACUCCGAUGCUGUUCGAACACUCAAAGAAUGGAUCGAAAUGACAUCGAAUGUUCUCGAAGACCACAACCGAGUCGGAAAAUUCACCCUUCGAACUGGCAAGCUCGCACGAAAUGCAUUCAACAGUAUCCAGAAAAACUGCAAGUCUCCAUACAAUGAAGAGAAAUAUGAAAGUAAUGACUUUGCCAUCUGGGACCGAGAUCACGACCGCUCCGACGAUCAUUGCACUCAAGCUACGCAAAUUAAAGAAGGCUUUCAAGCUUUUAUCGACAACUACUCCUGCACUGACGGCAAGAAAGCCAAGCAAGUGAAACGAGUUUCCAAAUUCAUCGAGAAGAUCACAAACCCAUAUUGCUAA